GAUUUUGAAGAGCCAGCAAAAACGACAGAACAGUAAUUAUCACGAAGACAACAAUAAUAUAGUAUUAGAUAUAUUCAUAGAUUGUUACGAUCUAACACUGAAAAAAUAUACAGAAAAUAAUAAGUUCACAUCAAAAUGAGUGUUCUAAGAUUACCUCCGUUGCCCUCGAUAAGAGAUUUGGUCAAACUGUAUCGCCUUCAAGCACGUAAACAGUUGUCCCAAAACUUCUUAAUGGACGAACGUCUCACAGAUAAAAUCAUCAAAAUGGCAGGUAGAAUAAAAGAUGCACAUAUAUUGGAAGUCGGACCUGGACCAGGGGGAUUGACGCGAUCCAUAAUGAGAAAGUAUCCCCAGAAGUUAAUAGUAGUUGAAAAAGAUGAUAGAUUUUUGCCUACGUUGCAGCUGCUCCAAGAAACGUUUCAAAACGUAAAUGGCGAAAUGGAAAUAAUCAUAGGAGAUAUAUUGAAAGUAAAUUUGAACGUAUUUCCUGAGUGCGAAAAGAAAAGCUGGGACGAUAUCUCUCCAAGGAUUCAUUUGAUCGGCAAUCUGCCAUUCAGCCUUUCAACCCAUCUUAUUAUCGUCUGGCUUAAAGCUAUCUCUGAGAAAAGCGGACCGUGGGCCAUGGGAAGAACCAGAAUGACACUUACCUUUCAAAAGGAAGUUGCUGAACGCCUUGUCUCAGAAGCAUAUGCUCGGGAUCGCUGCAGAUUGUCAGUCAUGGCACAGGCUUGGACUAAACCAACGCUAAAGUUCAUCAUUCCCGGCAAAGCAUUUGUUCCACAGCCUGACGUAGAUGUUGGAGUCGUGACAUUUACACCACUGGUACAGCCUCGUACAAACCAUGAAUUUGAAUUAUUUGAGAAAGUUACUCGGCACAUAUUCAGUUUUCGUCAGAAAUACGUUGUGAAAUGUACAGAGACUCUGUUUCCGCUUUCUUCUCGAAAGGAGCUUGGAAUGAUGAUGGUAAAGCUAGCCGAAGUUGACCCCACGACAAGACCGUUUAUGCUUGAAGUAGCGGAAAUAGAUCGCCUCUGCACAGCGUACAAAUACUUGUGUGAAAAGCAUCCCGGCAUAGAGUCUUUCAAUUACAGAGCUAGUAACAAAUUAUUAUCACAUUGUCAUACGUCGGACGUUACAGUGGAGGAAGUUAGCGCUAAUUCAAUGUAGAAACAUCGCUUUACAAGUGUGGUUGGUAAGCAUUGAUCGAAUUGUUGAUCAAAUUGCAAAGAUCGACCACAACGAUAAUCAGUUACAAUUGUCUGUAGUCAGUGAUUCAAAAAAUCGCUAUAUCAAACUAUAUAUAGAAGUGUAUUUUAACUUGCAUUUACUUUAUGCACUGUUUUCUUUAUCCAAAAUAAAUUGACAGUUUAUCAAAACGCUGGAACGGAUCUUCAUUAUGUCACCUCCAUUGUCAACUUAGUUGGAGCAAGAUGAAUUACUUAUUGAUUAUUUUGUCGAGAUUUCGGAAGCGUUAGACGAUUAUUGAAUUAUCUCGUUUCAAUAUCUAUAAUUACAUCUGUAAUUUAUAUUUUAUUUAAUCACUGCAUAAUAAGCUCUUCAUGCUUUUAAUAUGUGGAAAUUUCUACAUCAGAAUUAUUCAUUAUAUACAUAAAAAAGGAAUGAAAAGAAAAGAGAAUAAUCUUAUAGAUUAAAUGAGAUUUAUAUUACAGUAUACGAAAUCGUGUUAGGGUAGGUAUACGAUUACGUACAUUAAAGAGGCGUCGAAUACAAGUAAUGACAUAAAUGAAAAUUGAAAUACGAGUUACCCUGUUUCGCGGCUCUCAAUUCACAUUCGGUUCUUUGUACGCCAAUAAAAAAUUCCUAAGCUUAA